CAUAACCUUUUUUUAAAAAUUCAGUUAUUGUUUUUUACUGAAAAAAAUGUUUCAUACAAAAAAUAAAUAGAAAUUUAAUAAAAAAUGAUUGAUUAAAAAAAAUUUAACAUUAUUUAUACGAAAUGUAUGAAUUAUUAAUCAUCUCAAAAAUGGUGCAAAAUUUGAAUUUAAUUAAAAAAAAAAAUCAGUUCAGUUGUCAAAAUUAUAUAAUUUUUCAAUUUGACUUAUAAUUUUUUGAAUAAUAAAAAAAAAUGUCCUCCAAGAAAAAGGAAAAUGAAAACUGCAAUUGCGAGAAAGCUCGUGCAAAAUCAUCAAAACGAUCAUCAAAAAAAUCAUCAACCAAUGGAAAAUCAAAUAGAAAAAGGCAAACAUUAGUUUUUAAUCCCGAUGAAGAAACAUAUGCCGAACCUUAUAUGCAUUCACUUAAUGAAGAAUUUUCAAAAAUAACAUUAAUAUGCGAUUCAAAAAUUGAACUACCAUGGAAAGAAAUAGCAUUAAAAUCAAAAGAAAUAAAAAUUCGUAAUGAAAUUGGAAAAAAAUUCAAAUCCACAAAUUCAGAGACAGAAUUAGAAUUAAAAGAAAAUGAAAAAAAUAAUCAACUUGUGGAAAAAGAAUCAAAUAAUAAAAUGUCAUUACCGUGGAAAAUGUUGAUAAUUUCUGAUGAUAUAGGAAGACAGGAAAAUAAUAUUACAACACUUGGAUUAAAUCAAUGUGAUUCAAAACUUGAAAUACCAUGGGAUAUUCUUGUUUUUAAUUCAUCGGUGAAAAUAAAUUCAACACCAUUCGUUGAGGAAGAGUGCAUUGAAAAAGAUGUUGAAAUUCCAUGGAAUGAUUUGAUGAUACCGCAUAAUUUAAUAAUUGAAGCUAAAAAAAUAAUUCAACAUCCAUCUAAUAAACAUUCACCACGAUCUACAAUGGCGGGUAAACGUCGUGGGUGUUCACCGUGUAUAAGAGCACGUACUAAGGAAUUAAAAAAACAAUCGAAAUAAACAAAGAAAAAAAAAAUUCUUGUUUAAUAUUAUGUAUUUAUUUACUUUUUUUUUUGGUUUUUAUUGAAAAUUUUGUUAAACAAACAUACUGUUAAGAAAUUAAAAAUUGAAAAAUAUAAAAUGAAA